AUGGACACCCAAGGAGGAGAGUCGGAUACAGAUGACUCAGGCUCCUUUAAUAUGACUGUCGGAGAGAUUGCGUUAGCUUUGGACUCCGACAACUCAAGGAAAGGAGGAACUGUGAAAGUAGAGGACUCUAACCGCUUAGCGGGAGGAGGAUCCGUAAAAACAGAUGAGGGCUCCCAAAUAAAAGAAACGGGAAAAAAGCAGAGGUUAAGCCUGCUGAUAGACCGAAAUAAAUCUUCAGGAGCGGAGAGGAAGAAGCUUCUGAAGGAAAGGAAAAUGGCUGCAGGAACGUGGACGGAGGAAAAUCUCCACAAGAAUGCAGCCCAAAAACGAACUCAACGGAAAGAGAACCAACCGAAGAAAGGGGAUAAAAGGCCCCGAUCUAAGUCGCAGACUCCCCCUACUCGAAGUAGAACUAAGCGGGCCAGAAAUGCUCCGGCAUCAGCUGGCUCGUACAGCGACACUUUAAGGGGUAUCCGACUGACUGUCAUCCAGAGAAGGCAUCCAGAUACAACCCUAGACCAAGCACAAGAAGACUUGGUACAAGAAACUCUUAUGGAGAGGCUCUACGCUGCCGCUUCAGGCAGUGGAGGAGCACCACAGUUUCAUAGAACAUCGUUUAGCGCAGAGGUCAUUUGGAUUUCCUACGCUAACCAGUAG